CCGUACGCGGCGGCCAUGGCGAUCCAGGCCAUCUACACGGGCCUGUUCGUGGUCUCCAAGGCCGCCUUCGACGCCACCGCCGUCUUCAUCUUCUACCGCCUCGCCGCCGCCGGCGCCCUCCUCCUCCCCCUCGCCCUCUUCUUCUCUUGUCGAUCUCCAUCUCCACCAGAAAAAACAAGGAUGACGCCGCGGCUGCUGUGCAAGCUCUUCCUGUGCGCGCUGCUGGGGAACACAUUCACGCUCAACGUGUACAACGCGAGCCUGAAGCACACGUCGGCCACCGUGGGGUCGGCGGCCAUAGACUCCAUGCCCGUCUUCACGUUCCUCAUCGCGGUGGCCAUGGGGAUGGAGAAGGUUGGGAAACUCAGGAGCCGGUCGGCGGUCGGGAAGCUCGCGGGCGUCGCGCUCUGCGUCGCAAGAGUCCUCGUCAUCGCAUUGUACGCCGGACCGACGGCCCUAAGCCCGCUCACCAGACAUCCUGUCUUCGUCUCCAACGCUCAUCAUCCAGCGUCGUCUGCUGGCGCCGUUUGGAUCAGAGGCACCUUCCUUCUCCUCCUCGCCUGUGCAACCUGGUCUCUCUGGAUUGUCCUGCAGGUACCGUUGCUUAAAGAAUACCCCAACAAGCUGAUGGCCACGGCGAUGCAGUGCAUGUUUGCUGCGGUGCAGUCCUUGGUCGUGGCGGUUGUGGUCGAGAGGGACUUGUCCAAAUGGAAGCUUGGCCUCGACAUUGGCCUCCUUGCCAUCCUCUACUCGGCUUUCUUGGGUACAGGUGCGUUGAUGUACCUGCAGGCAUGGUGCGCGGAGAUGAAAGGACCGGUGUUCGUUGCUAUGUGGAACCCAAUGGCCUUGGUAUUCACCAUCUUUUGCUCAUCCUUCUUCCUAGGAGAAUCUGUCCACCUCGGAAGGUAA